CGUCGCCCGCCAGAGAGGAGCGGCCAUCCCGUCGCCGCGGCUGAGGCGGGGGCCGCGCCUGCCGCCUGCGCCGUGCGACCAACCGCCUCCCACCCCCAACCCUGCGGGGCCCUGCCGGUGCCCGCUCCCCGCGCAGCCGUGCGGGAGCCGGGAGAGGCGGGGGGGAGGGGGCGUGUUGUUGGCGCGGCCGGCCGAGGACCGGUCGGUGCCCCGCUUCCCUCCGCCGGGGCCCCGGGCAGGCGCUGGGCGUGCUGGUCGGUGGGUCGCGUCCCGCAGCGGCGUCUCCUGGAGCUGUCGGCAUCGGUCGGAAUAGGGGAGGUGGGCUGCCGCUCGCCCCUCGCCGCCUGCUGAUCCGCUGGCUUCCAGUGCUGGGCUUUAAAUACUGCAAGGCUAAUGAUGAAACGUGCCCAUCGGCGAGCGGCUGGACAGUGGAGCGGACCCUCUCGCUUCAGAGGUGGCCGCGGUCACCCGGCGUUUGACUGCGGCUGUCCCAUGGCACCGUCGGGCUGUUGCGACUUCAGCAUCGGGAGUAAUCUGUGUUGAAACCAUGGCGCUGUACGGUGGCGGGUUUAGUUGGAAUGGAUGAUGCAAGUAUGGACAUAAUAGCCUAUGAUGAUUACUCCAGUCCACCGCUUCAGAGAUAUUGAAAGGAAACCUGAAUACCUCCAGCCAGAAAAGUGUGUUCCACCUCCUAGCCGCGCUUCCCUGGGAACAAUGUGGUUUAUUCGAGAUGGCUGUGGUAUUGCAUGUGCUGUCGUUACCUGGAUGCUGGUGUUCUAUGCCGACUUUGUAGUCCUUCUUGUCAUGCUAGUUCCAUCAAGAGAUUAUGUUUAUAGUGUCAUCAAUGGCACACUGUUCAACACCUUGGCUUUCCUCGCUUUGGCUUCACAUUUUCGUGCUAUGCUGACAGAUCCAGGUGCUGUACCCAAAGGUAAUGCCACAAAGGAAUUCAUUGAGAGUUUACAGCUAAAGCCAGGACAGGUGGUUUACAAGUGCCCAAAGUGUUGUAGCAUCAAACCUGACAGAGCACAUCACUGCAGUGUUUGCAAGAGGUGUAUUCGGAAAAUGGACCAUCACUGCCCGUGGGUCAAUAACUGUGUAGGAGAGAAUAACCAGAAGUACUUUGUACUGUUUACAAUGUAUAUAGCACUGAUUUCCCUGCAUGCUCUAAUCAUGGUGGGAUUUCACUUCUUGUAUUGCUUUGAAGAAGACUGGACAAAAUGCAGUUCCUUCUCUCCGCCAACUACAGUGAUUCUUCUCAUCCUCUUGUGUUUUGAGGCUCUCCUAUUUCUCAUCUUCACCUCAGUUAUGUUUGGGACCCAAGUACACUCCAUCUGCACUGAUGAAACGGGUAUCGAGCGUCUUAAGAAUCAGAAGCCAACUUGGGAGAAGAUCAGUGGCUGGGAAGGAAUGAAGCUGGCAUUCGGUGGUGCCUUCUCCUUGGGUUGGUUCAACCCUUUUUCGAACCUGAGCUGCAAGAGCCCAGCACCGGCCGAAGCGGUAGCAGCAGCUCCCGCGUCUGCAAUAAUGACCCAAGAAGAAAUCGAGCAGUUUCUCGCUCGAGAUGUUGCCGUCCAAGUGUUACAUGAAUAAGCAAAGCAUCCUCCACGAUGUCAGGAGCAGCUUUCAGGUUGUUUUUUUAAUAACUACUUGUGCUGGAGAUUUAAGGGGUUGUUUUUUAACAUACUUUUGGUGCGUUACAAAAAUUCAGGAGUAUUUAUCUGGAAGCUAGGUACAGCACUAGCAGAAACAAUGCAAAUCUCCAGAGAAAGCUUUGUAAGUGAUGAGAUUCAUAAGCUCCUUUUUGGACCUGCAUCAACUGCUUUACUGAGCUUUUCUUACUUGGUCUUCAAGGAAAGUUUAUGACUGUCAAAUAGAUUGGUCCCAGCUCCCAGAAAUGUGCAGUCCUAAGGAGUCUGGUUAGUCUUUUGUUCUUGCAGCCUUUGGAGGGCUAAAUGAUAAGCCCUGCACAAUGGCCAGAUUAGCCCGGCUCUGAAGUUUUUCUUGAAAAACGCAUCCUUUUUGGCUCAUCCCAUGGAUGCUGCCUCUGGAUUGUGAAAGCUGCUGGUGCUCAGGUCUUAGCAGAGGUGGGAUACGGGGCUACGGACGCAGCAGAUGGGCGAGCUUGCCCUGGGUGUAAUUCCUUUGGGCUCCGAAAUAUCUCCAGGUGUAAAUUUUAACCCUCUGUGCUCAUGGGGCUGCCCAAAACUGGUGGUGCUUGCCUGAGCAGCGUCGGAGCUGGCGGGCUGGUGGUGGUGCCAGGCCGGCGGGAACGUUCGCCCGUGACCAGCACAGCUGAGAGCGGGCAAAUGUUGGCUGGGUUGUUGAGCUGCUGGGGCGGGGGGAAGCUUUUGCUCUGGGGCUGCGGUUUGUUAGCAGGUAGGAUGCAUGGAGCGGGAGCUGCCUGGCCAAACUCUGCAGCCUGGAAUGCUGGCAGCUGGUCUAGGCCAGGCACCAGGGCUUUUUCUGUGGUCAAAGAAGAGAGGGACAUGUGAGCACCCUGGUGAUGGAGGUACUGGUUCUCUCCAUUUGACUUGUCUAAUUUAGAUGUCUCCUUUUCUUUUCUUGAUAGCUAGAGUUAGUUGAGAAUGAAUAUUGCCUCUUAAUCUUACUGGGGUUUAACGUUGUCCUAUUAGUACUUGCCAUUACGCAGGGUUUCCUUACACUAAUUUUGCAGCCAGCUCCUGCUGAACAUUGGUGAACCUGUAGAAGGAGCACACAUCGCUCAAGGAAGGCGUUGCUGCAGGUGGCAGUAGUUGCAGCAAAUCAGGCAGGGGUGACGCUAGCUGCUGCAUUCAGAUACGCUACAAACACUUGGCAUGCUCCAGAUGUCAGUGUAGUUUUAAUUUAGACCGUUUUUUCAGAUUUUUUUUUUUUCUUCCUGUUGUCUCCCUUGUCAGUAGAUUUUGCAGGAUAUUACAGAGGUGCUCCUGGCUUUCCCCCGACAAGACCUGCUUGACUUUAUCUCCCCCUCCCCUGUAACAUGGAGCAAAGAUAAUUCCUUCCUCUCGAAAGUAAGAGACACGGGUUUGGGGGAUGAAAGCAUGGUAUUGUGAAAGACCUGUAUGAAGUUUUUAUUUAUAGAAACAGUACCAAAUGGGAUUUGUGCAAGAUUUUUUUUUUUUUUCUUUUUCCCCCAAAAAGCAUCUUAGUAUGUAUGAAUGGUGUGACAUUCAGGGCUACUGUGGAGGCACGAGAUUCUCUCCUGGACUUGUCCUCUGCCACAGCAGUCCCUUUCCCUGGCAAAGGGACUGGGAACAAAUGGAGUGCCGUGACUGAGGAGCACAGCUUGGCUAAAACCCAGGGGGUAUUUCCGAACAGUCGUCCCAUCCCCUGUCCCCUCUGGAUGUCUGCUCUUUGUCAAUGAAAAAUAGAUAUAGAAAAAAUCAUUAGGAACUGUCUAUUCAUAAAAACCUUUUAGGUAAAGGGAAACACCCUGCAUUUGGGGGGAAUUGAGGUGUCCUCUCAUGUCAUUUAGACACGAGGUCUUGAACGUCUUUGCCCUGUGCAGCAGUGUCAUAGUGAGAGAAGAAGCUCUCCUACUUCUGCACUAGCCUACGUUCCUCUCUGUCAGCGUCUCACAGGAAAGGGACGUAUGCAGAUCUAUAAGGGAUUUCCUAUACGGAGCAAUAGGGGUGUCAAAGGAGGAAAAGUAAGGGUGCCCUUUUUAGCUCACAUUUUCUAAUUUUGGCUUGCUGCUCGGCCUCUGCAUCCAGUUAACAUCCCUGCCUCAGGUGCCGCGUCUGCAGUGAAAGUGGUGCUACAGGGUCCUGCAGGGAGAAACUAGUUAAUGGCUGAAAAUCACCUUGAGACAGGCGCAUGGGGCUGUCAGCCUGGGAGAGACCCCCUCAUGCUGUGUUUCAGUGAUGCUUCUCAGGACGCGGACCCCGCUUCCGUGGCUUUGGGUAGGCACGGAUGGAGGCAGCGUAUUUCCUCCUCUAUUCUCAAACCUGGUUCACCUCAUCAUGACGACAGGCGUCCUUUGCUUCUGUUUCCCACCUCUCGUGUUGUUCCUCAGGUGCUGGCAUUUCUGGGUUUGUUUUCUGAAGCUGGAAAGCAGUGUGAAGAGGAGGGUGAGAGCCAGAACAGCUGUCUCCCUUUCUCCCACAGUGCAGUUACGGUCCAGCUGAGAGAUGGGGACAUGUCCCUGUGCCUUACGCAGAGCUGUGGGCAGCCAGCCCAGCCCCGGCUCCGAUGCGCCCCCCAGACCCAACCGGGUGACCUCCUGCAUCCAGCAAAUCUGGUGUCUCUUGGCUGUCGGUCUCCCUUGUCCCCCUCUUCUUCUUCCCCCCCUGAAGUCCCAGUACCCCUCAGUGUAUCUCCUCUCUGUCUCCGUAUAGUGUGGCAACCGUCAGAAAUUGCAAAAGUCUUCAUGAGUUGGAAAAUUCUGUUUUAUCCACAGCUCUAGUGUAAACCUCCUUCUUUAACGACUACCUGGUAGCUUGAGACCAAAGGUGAUUUUCAGGAAAUUGGAACCAAACCCACCGUUUUCCUUCCCUUCCCUCCACACACUCCUUGCCCUUGUUAAAUCGUGCCUUCAGCUUCAGGCCAUGCUGCUAUGGUUGCAGCCGGCUCGCUGGGCCCCAGGGAAGGGGACCCUCGGGAGCACGCGGGGGGUCCGGGAAGAUGCUCCCCCCAUACUGCUCAGUGUGAUAUGGUCUGCUGGAGAUACCAUCACUGCUCCAGCAUGUUAAUACGUGAUGGACAGCAUUGUGGCAGACGUGGAAAGCAUUCUUGUGCUUCUUAUCUGGUGUCUUCUACAGCAGGUUUUCUAUGCAAGUAAAGAAUUUACAUCUCUUGAAAAUAUAUAUAUUUUGCUGUUUGUAACACCUUUUUAUGCCUCCUGUUGCUAUUGUACUUAUUAAAGAACUAAUACUUCA